UUUUUCAACGAUAUAUGUAUGUCGCGUGAUAAUAUACGUGACUCCAGUACUAAUGCAAAUGUAAUUGCAUGUUUACAUAACACAUUGAGGAAUUUACGGUAUAUAAAUAACGAAAAAGAUAUGGACAAAAUGAACGAUAUUAGCAGAGAUGAUUUUUACGCGAUAGAAAAAUGUGGUAAAUGGAUUGAUGAACGUAAUUUAAAUAAGGUUUGCCUACAAUUUCCUGAUAACCUUUUACCAGAUUCAGUAGAAAUUGCAUUACGUUUGGAGAAUCGUAUUAAUAAGAAAGUAUAUAUUUUGGGAGACACCUCAUAUGGUAGUUGUUGCGUUGAUGAAGUAGCUGCUCAGCAUAUUAAUGCAGAUAGUAUAAUACAUUUUGGUCAUGCUUGUUUAAAUCCCACUUCUCGCAUACCUGUAUUUCAUGUAUUACCCAAACAAGAAAUUGAUAUAACAGAAGUUAUUGAUAAAUUUAAAUUGUAUUUUGCGGAUCAAUCUGAAAGAAUUUUAUUUUUUUAUGAUAUUACUUAUGCACAUAAAAUUGAAAAUAUAUAUAAAAUAUUAAGCUCUGUUUAUAACAAUUUAAUCUUCACUUCAUUAAAUUGUACUUCUAAUGUAGAAUUUACAGAUGUCAUAGAUGAUUCAUUUACAACAAUCUUAGGCAGAUGUUUUAAAUUAGAUAAAAAAUAUAAAAUAGAAGAUUAUGUAGCAUUUUUCUUAGGAAACGAUGGAAAGACAUUUACUACAUUAGCAAUGACAAUUCCUGCAAAAAAAUGGUAUUAUUUCGAAAAUAAUAAUGUUGUCGAAUAUGAAAUAUUCAAUACACCAUGGUUGAAAAGAAGAAGAUUUCUAGUUGAGAAAUUAAAAGAUGCUAAAGUUGUUGGUAUAGUCAUAGCUACUCUAGGCAUUAAAGAUUAUCUUACAAUAAUAACAAUGCUUAAGAAUAUUUUAAAAGCAAAAAAGAAAAAAUCUUAUAUUCUAAGUGUUGGCAAAAUAAAUCCAGCAAAACUUGCUAAUUUUCUUGAGAUUGAUGCCUUUGUUGUAAUAACAUGUCCUGAAAAUGAAAUAUUUGAUUCUAGAGAAUUUCUAAAACCACUACUAAUGCCUUAUGAAGUAGAAUUGGCAUUUAAUAGUUUAAGAGAGUGUUAUACACACUAUUGUAUCGAUUUUAGACAAAUCCUUCCUGGAGGAAUGAAUUAUGUUGAUUUUAAGACAUCAACAGAUUUAGAUGUUUCUUUAAUUACUGGUGAACUUAGAAACUGUGAUGAAAGUAUUCCAUGUGCAGAUAAAAUGAAUGCUUUAGUAAUUAAUAAUUCAUCAGGCAUUGUUGCAAUUGGAAAAGCAGGAGCAGAAUUUUUACACAAUAGGUCAUGGAAAGGAGUUGAACAAAGAUUAGGCGAAGAUGCAAUACAUUCAGCAGAAAUUGGUCGCUGUGGAUUACCAAGUUGUUAUGAAAAUGAAUCAAUUUUUAUGAAAAAAAAUAACGAAUAAACAUAAUAAAUACAAUAAUUUCUAUAUUGUAUCAUUGUGUUUUUCUUAA